AUGGUGGAGCUGCACGCCAACAAUGAGAACCCGUACCUCCACCGCCCCCCCUCUGCACCCCAUAAGCAGCCCAGGGGGGAGGAGAGCACCCCUCUUCUGCUCCAGACCCCCCCAUCAUCCUUCAGCCCGGACCCAGAGAGAGGAGCUCCUAAGCUGGGUAGUCUAGGUACGAAAUUGGAGUCUCCCCUGGAGGAUGAGGACUCCAGCUGGACCACCCUGUCCCAAGAGAGCCCCUCCCCUCAGACCCCACAAGAAAUAGCAGAUGUGUGGGGUGAGGGGGACCUUCCCCCAGGCUGGCGUGAGGUCACAAACAUAUCAGAGGUCUACUUCUGGCAUGUCCCUACUGGCACCACCCAGUAUGACCGCCCUGUCUCCACCACCAACGAACACACACACCUCCACUCACUCCCUGACUCACAGCAGGGCGACACAGUCAGCCUGAGACCGCUCAGCGAGCGUCCCAGCAGUUUGGUAUCAGACAGUUCAGUGGAACCUGUGCCCUCUCCCUCCGGCUCCUCCUCCUCCUCUCCCUCUGAUGUCAUUCUGCCUGUCCGAGGCUUUGACAACACCACCUGCACUGAGCUGAAGGACUACCCAGUGUAUCCUGACCCCAGCCUGAAAGCUUUUGAAGGAGCUACUCUCCGUUACGCCUCACUGAGACUGCACCCUUCCCAGUUAGAUACAGUGGACCUCAACAGUGCCUGUACUGACCCAGAGGGACAGUCAUUCCCAGUGCGUUCUCUGGGCUGGGUGGAGAUGGCAGAGAGAGACCUGGCAGAGGGGAGGAGCAGUGUGGCUGUCCAUCACUGUAUCAGGCAGUUGUCGUACUGUAGGAGGGACAUACGAGACUCGGCAGGGGUCUGGGGAGAGGGUAAAGGCAUGCUGCUGGUGCUCCAGGACCGUGAUCUGACCCUGGUCCACCCGGACGACCGCAGCAUGCUCCACUCUCAGCCAAUCAGCAGCAUCCGUGUGUGGGGCGUCGGCCGAGACCAUGACAGGGACUUUGCCUAUGUGGCGAGAGACAAAAACACACGGGUGUUGAAAUGCCAUGUGUUUCGAUGUGAUACCCCUGCAGAAGCCAUAGCAACGAGUCUCCACGAAAUCUGUUCCAAGAUUAUGGCUGAGAGGAAGAGUGCGAAGGCUGCUGCCUGCAGCUCAUCCCAAACAGGCUCCGAUGUUCCGCUCCAGGAGUUUCCCGUCCCAAAGACUGAGCUGGUGCAGAAGUUCAAUGUGAACUACCUGGGGAUGACGUCUGUGUCUCGCCCCAUAGGUAAGAGAAGCAUGGACAUCAUCAACGGGGCUAUAGAGAGCCUGGUGUCCUCCACAGGAAAAGAGGACUGGACCCCUGUCAUACUGAGUGUGGCUGACGCCACUGUGGCUGUCAUCAAGGAGAAGGCAAAGGAGGAGGAAGUGCUGGUGGAGUGCCGCGUGCGUUUCCUGUCCUUCAUGGGAGUGGGCCGGGACAUCCACACCUUUGCUUUCGUCAUGGACUCUGGGAACCAGCACUUCCAGUGCCACGUGUUCUGGUGUGACCCCAACGCUGGCAGUGUGUCUGAGGCCGUGCAGGCUGCUUGCGUGCUGCGGUAUCAGAAGUGUCUGGUGGCACGCCCCCCCUCUCAGAGAGCUGGCUCCUCCUCCCCACCCCCCGACUCGGUGACGCGCCGGGUGACCACCAGCGUGAAGCGUGGCGUCCAGUCUCUCAUAGACACUCUGAAAACAAAGAAAACGCCCUCAGAACUGCCUCAGCAAUGACGGACAGCUCACUGACCACACCCCCUACCACAGCCCCUGGCUUUGUCACUCACACUGCCGCCACAACUACGACCUACAACCACUCCUAACCAAUACCAGCCAUGGUAACCAACGAUGUACAUAUAUGUUAACUUAACACCACUGGGCAGACCAAAGGAGGAAUGGAUCUGGAAAUGUGUAUCUGCUCAAAAUAAUAAAAAGUGAACUAAUCUGCAGAAGAAGAAGAGGAAGGCCAAGAUACAGCAGAAUGAUGUGAGGUUAAUAUGGGUCGUCACUAGUGGAACUUUCCAUUGAGCUUUGAACUCUGCUGUGUCAUAGCGAGACUUGCCUACUUUAGCCAGGCCACAGCUGUCCUCACCGGGCACUGAGCUGUAUGGAGUAUUAAGCCGGUGUCACACAAAGCAUUCUGGAUACAAUUUAUGUUGCUUGCAACAAAGUUGCACCUGUGUUGCCCAGUGUGUCACCCCCCACAUUUUGGGGGGCCUGCAACUUAGUUGCAUUGCAUCGCAAGAUAGAAAUGAAUCCUAUUUCACGCAACUGACUGUAUGCAGUGUCCAAUCAGUGAGCAGGAUUUUUUUUUUACAUGACUCGUCAUAUCGUUCCGUACGGAACUCUGACCCAGGUGUCAUGUCAACACAGCUGUAAGUGUUGCUGCAAACCACAACAAAAGAGACAUGCCAAAUGUCAGGAAAACAUUGUCUAGUCAUGGUUUAUGUACAUGCUCUGGCAGUCAAUAAAUGUCAUUUUAAAAGUGAACCGAGACCUUUAUCUGUCGAGUUUCAACUGAAAUUGGCCAACAUGAACUGCGCUAGCUAGGCUAGCUCGUUGCUAGCUUAGUUAGCUAGGUACAACAUAGCCCUUGAUCAUGACUCUCAUUACAUUAUACAUAAGAGUUAUUGGAUGAAGGCGUCUUCUGUACGGGGGAGUUUUGUUAAGAGCCCCGAUGCUCAAUCUGAACAUUAACACGAGUCGCUUGCGGUACAGUUUUGGAGGUGUAUGGACCUUAUCUUUCAUAUCAUCGAGAAAUAAUACAUUUUUAAAAAAUUAAAAGUUAAUUUGAUUACACACCUUGCUAGGGUUAGGGUUAGUGUUCCGACACGGCCAUAUCUCCAUGUUACUGCGUUUGUUUAACGAAAACAGACAAGAGGCGACCACCUGUGCUAAUUAGCUAUCUAGCGUGCUCCAAACACCUGUGUGGAAGGGUAACUCUGGAAGUGUAGUUUAGUCAGAUGGAGGCACCCAAAGCUGAAUGAAUCUGUGUAAAACUGCUACAGUAAGUGUAUCUUUUUAUUUGAAGAAUUCUUUCUCGUCUGAUGAAAAAUAAGGGCCACAUGUUUUGAAAGCCUUGGUUAUUGGCGUGUCUAAACACAGCGUUGGGAUUGUCGGCAACAUGAGCCAAUCGUGGGCGAAGCAAAAGACUGAAAACUGUAGGGAGAACAAAUUAUUUAUGAAACUAUGAUGUGAUGUAUAACAGGAUUGGAUGUUGCAUGCGAUUUAAAUUGCGUCCAAAUUGCUUCCUGUGACGCAGGCUUUAAACUAAUACUGAGACACACUGGACAUACCUGAGAAAAAUAACCAAUCCCCAUUGAGUGCUGGCUUUGUUGCAUCAGGAAGCCCACACUGAAUGUGUGUUUGUUUAUCCACACUUUUUCUUUUUAAACUUCUUGUACACAGUGAGAGCUGCCCUGUUCCCAUCACAGUGCCAAACUGAGUAGCAUUCCAGAACGGGCCACACACACACAAGGGUCUCCUUAAGACGUCUGUCUCGUCGUCAUGGUAAAAGCCGAUCGCUACGGACAAGGCCACUGACCAAACGCCACCAUCCACCUCUUCUACCCGACCUGGCAACCUUUGAGCACCAGACUCCAAUAGAGACGUGUCAUGUGACGGACGAUACAGCCAUGAUGUCCUAACAGAGACAGGGAGUGUACAGAACACGGGAGCCAAUGUAUUCCAUCCAAUCUGGCUCACAUAACGGACUGAACCAAUGUUACCCUUGAGGAGGGGUGCUCAGAUUGUACUAUAAUUAUUGUAAAGUAAUGAUUGUACCCCAGGUUGGAGAUGAGGUGAGAGGGAGGAAUGGGGUGGUGUUGGUAUUUCACGUGUUUGUAAUCUGAAUGUGAGGGGGGAGAGAGAGAGGUUACAGAGGAGGGUGUCAUUAUGGAGAUAGUCUGGUAGAGUUAGACCUUUGUGCAGAGCACCUAUCUAAACCUGUCCCCACUCACAAACACACACACACACACACAUUCACCCAACUAUGGAGAGCUGACCGCCCACUGUCUCCUUUAGGACCCAGGUACACCUCUCUACACUCUAACUCAACUCUGUGAAUGCAAUCCACUCCAAUGUUAAAAACAUACGUGAAAAUAGUGUGAUUCAUGUGCUCUGUUCUUCACUCAUCUCUACACCAUGUAAUUGUGAUCUGUUGUGAAAAUAAAUGCAAUACAAAGGAAGGUCUUGAAAGUGCAGGUUUAUUUUCUCAUGUAAUGGGUCAAGUCAUUGAAGUCAUGAAAUCACAUAUUUGGUAAUUGGCACUACUGUAAAAAUAUACAAUUACUGUAUACUUGAGACUAUGGCAUACUUGUUUUAUGACACAUACGAAAAGUAUUAAAGUGAAAUGACUUUAAAGGUG